CGUACUGAACUCGUCUGCGCGUCGCCUGUCGGUUCAGUCUGGUUCCGCUGCCACACGCAGACCCCAAACAGUCAAUCUGCGAACUGCAGGUGCGAGUUUAAACUACCGCAUGUGUUCAGCCCACCACCCCGGACUCUAAACUACACCUUUCCUCCAGCAUUCACACUAUUUUCACCAUGUUGUGGACAGCGAACACGAUAAUGAGGAAAUUCUCCUCGAGCUCUGUUUACUACCAAAAUAAGCUGAAGCUGGCCCUGAUUGGCCAAAGCUUGUUUGGACAGGAAGUGUAUACAAACCUCCGCAAGCAGGGCCAUAAGGUGGUCGGCGUUUUCACAGUUCCUGAUAAGGACGGCAAGGCGGACCCCCUGGCGGUGGUGGCAGAGAAGGACGGGACGCCGGUGUUUAAGUUUCCACGCUGGCGAGUGAAGGGUAAACCCAUCCCGGAGGUGGUGGAGGCGUAUAAAGCAGUGGGUGCAGAACUGAACGUCAUGCCCUUCUGCUCCCAGUUCAUCCCUAUGAAUGUGAUCGACUUCCCCAAACACGGCUCCAUCAUUUACCACCCCUCCAUCCUGCCCAAACACAGAGGAGCCUCCGCGAUUAACUGGACACUAAUCGAGGGCGAUAAGAAGGCUGGAUUCAGUGUAUUCUGGGCUGAUGAUGGUUUGGAUACUGGACCCAUCCUGCUGCAGAAAGAGUGUCAAGUAGAGCCCAACGACACAGUGGACACUCUUUAUAACCGCUUCCUGUUUCCAGAGGGCAUCAAGGCCAUGGUUGAAGCUGUACAGCUCAUUGCAAACGGAAAAGCUCCCAAAAUCCCUCAGUCUGAAGAAGGAGCCAGUUAUGAGGGAAUCCAAAAGAAAUCCAAUGCUAAGGUGAAUAUGGCUCAGCCGGCAGAGGCUAUUCAUAACUGGAUCCGUGGACAUGAUAAAGUUCCUGGUGCCUGGGUUGUGAUGGAUGGAAAGCCUGUAACUGUGUACGGUUCCUCAGUGUUGAGCGGGUCUGUGCCUGCAGGUCAGCCCAUAGACAUAGAAGGAGCGUCUCAGCCUGGACUCAUCACCAAAUCUGGACUCCUUCUCUUCGGCUCUGAUGGAAAAGCGCUCCAGGUGAAGAGCCUACAGUUUGAGGAUGGAAAGAUGAUUCCUGCGUCCAAAUACUUUUCAUCUGAGGAAUCCGCCAGUUUGGAUCUUACAGAUGAUGAGAAAAAAAUGGCAGAGGAGAUCAGGGCGAUCUGGAAAGGGAUUUUGAGUAAUGUUGCAGCUAUUGAAGAAACCACCGAUUUCUUUAAGUGUGGAGCCGCUUCAAUGGAUGUAGUCAGGUUGGUGGAGGAGGUGAAGCAGAAAUGCGCUGGUGUUCAGCUGCAGAACGAGGACGUUUAUAUGGCCACCACCUUCCAGAGCUUCAUCCAGAUGCUGGUCCGACGCCUGCGUGGAGAAGACCAGGAGGAGGAGAUGCUUAUUGAUUAUGCCACAAAAGAGGUCAACAACAUGACCGUGAAGAUGCCCUACCAGUGCUUCAUCAACGGCAAGUUCGAAGACGCAGAUGAUGGAAAAACAUACAACACCGUCAACCCCACAGAUGGCUCGGUGAUCUGUAAAGUGUCUUACGCAUCAGUGGCAGAUGUGGACAAAGCUGUAAGUGCUGCAAAAGAGGCUUUCGACAAUGGGCCUUGGGGUAAGAUGAACCCCCGUGACCGCGGCCAGCUGCUGUACCGUUUGGCUGACCUGAUGGAGGAACACCAGGAAGAGUUGGCCACCAUUGAGACCAUCGACUCUGGUGCUGUUUACACUCUGGCUUUGAAAACACACGUCGGCAUGUCCAUUCAGACAUUCAGAUACUUCGCCGGCUGGUGUGACAAGAUCCAGGGCUCAACGAUACCCAUCAAUCAGGCCAGACCCAACCGAAACCUCACUUUUACAAAGAAAGAGCCUUUGGGUGUGUGUGCCAUUGUAAUUCCCUGGAACUACCCGCUUAUGAUGUUGGCAUGGAAGAGCGCGGCCUGUCUGGCGGCGGGAAACACACUCGUCUUAAAACCUGCUCAGGUAACUCCAUUAACUGCAUUGAAGUUUGCCGAGUUGACAAUCAAAGCUGGCAUUCCUAAAGGAGUCAUUAACAUUGUACCAGGAUCAGGUGGUCUGGUCGGGCAGAGGAUGUCUGAGCAUCCUGAUAUCCGUAAGCUUGGUUUUACAGGCUCAACACCCAUUGGCAAACAGAUCAUGAAGAGCUGUGCGGUCAGUAACCUGAAGAAAGUUUCACUGGAGUUGGGCGGUAAAUCUCCUCUCAUCAUCUUCAGCGACUGUGACAUGGAUAAAGCAGUGCGAAUGGGCAUGAGUUCUGUGUACUUCAACAAAGGAGAAAACUGUAUCGCCGCAGGCCGGCUGUUUGUUGAGGAGUCCAUUCAUGACGAGUACAUCAGGAGAGUGGUUGAGGAAAUCAAAAAGAUGAAGAUCGGAGAUCCUUUAGAUCGCUCCACAGAUCAUGGACCUCAGAACCACAAGGCUCACAUGGACAAGCUGGUGGAGUAUUGUGAGAUCGGCGUGAAGGAGGGCGCGACACUCGUCUAUGGUGGACGACAGGUGGACAGACCAGGAUUUUUCAUGGAGCCCACAGUCUUCACAGAUGUAGAGGACCACAUGUUCAUUGCCAAAGAGGAGUCAUUUGGCCCCGUCAUGGUGGUGUCCAAAUUCAAAGAUGGUGAUGUAGAUGGAGUUUUGAGCAGAGCCAAUGACACAGAGUUCGGCCUGGCUUCUGGCGUCUUCACCCGUGACAUUAACAAAGCCAUGUAUGUGAGCGAGAGGCUAGAGGCGGGAACUGUGUUCAUCAACACCUACAACAAAACUGAUGUGGCGGCUCCUUUUGGAGGCUUCAAACAGUCCGGGUUUGGGAAAGACCUUGGUGAGGACGCCCUGCACGAGUACCUGCGGACUAAAGCUGUGACGGUGGAGUAUUGAAGGAACACUGCUGGAACGAACUGCAAACAGCCUUUUACCGCAGCCCCAUUUGACUUGAAACAGGUUUGAUAGGAAACCCAGAGCAUUUCCUGCCAAAACUACACUGAUGUGCCUACAUUUUGUAUAAUAUCGCUUUUUUUUUCCUGGAUAAUGCUUGGAGGGACAAGUAAUGACUGGCCUGUGUCAAAAUGCUGGUUAAUUUUUUUAAAGAAAUGGCAACAGACCCCCAAGUGGAUCCAAGAAACUGUCACAAAUCAUUAUUUAUCUUGCGAACACUGAAAUAUGUCACAGUGAUAAAGUGAAAUAGAGUUAUUUGAGUUUAUUAACCGCAACAGUAUCACAAUCAUGAUGACAAUAGCAGUUAAUUGGGAAACUGUUGGCUUGAUGCUGCAGAAAUUGUUCAAUCGUUCACGUAUCGUAUCACAUAUCAUUCAUUUACACAACUGUACGUAAAAGUUUGGGGUCAGUAAGUGUUUUUAAAGACGCCCUUAUGAUCAGGAGAGCAUAUAUAUGAUCGACAAGCAGUAAUAUUUAAUGUAAUUUAUUUCUGUGUUUCAAAAGCAUCAUUACUCUAGGCUUUGAUUACACGAUCUUUCAGAAAUCACAUUAAUAUGCAUUAAUCAUAUUAAUGUUUUGCUCAGUAAUGUUUAUCAAAGUAGAAAAACAUUUUUAAGGAAACCAUCAUGUUUUUGUCUUAAAAGCUGAAUAUAAAGCUAAAACUAAUUGAAAUAUAAAUAUUUAUAACAUUAUGAAGGUACACUGUAAAAAUGAUUUGUUUUUACCUAAAAUAAGUGUAUAAACCUGUGCUUUUAAAACAAUUAGUUGACUUUACAUAAUAAAUUAAGUAAAUUUAUUACAAGUUAAAUUUAUUACAAGUUGCAAUAGAUUUGCUCACUUUUUUAAAUAAAGUUUAUAAGUUUUCUCACUUUUUAAAGUAAAUAAUCACUUAUUACAGUGUUUUUUCACUUUUCAUCUAUUUAAUGUAUCCUUGGGUAUUAAAAGUAUUAAUUUUUAUUUUAAAUAAGUCUUUCUGACCUCAAACUUAUAAAAUAUAAUUUAUAUCAAUUAAGAAAAAAUUUUAAGCUAUUCUUUACUUUUAUUGUCUGUGGUCUCAUAUUUUCAAGCCAUGUCACAUCACUGCCACUUUAUGAAAUCUGUAUCAGCAUAUUUGUACAUCCCAAGGAUUUUUUAAUAUGCAUAGCAUUUUCAUGACAAUUGUUUUUAUUAGCAUAACUGUAUAUAUUUUAUUAGAGGAUACGACGAUUUGUCUUAUUUUAUAUAUUUAAUUUUGCAUUCCAGACAGACGAUUGGAAAUGUGGAAAGGGAAAUGAUAUAAACACUAUUCUCUUUUAAAAGAAGUUAUUUAUUUUGUACAACACACAAAAAAAGUGGUACAUUCUUGGGGGAAAAUAUGGAGAAGUAACUUGAGUACAGUACAAUGUGAACUGUUUCUGACAUUCUUGUUAGGAUGACUGAAAAUAUGUGUUUGUUUUGUCUGAACCAUCGUAAUUUUGUUUUACAAGAGCAAACAAUUUAUUUUAUUGGGAGUUUGAGGUUCUGUAUAAGCUGUCGGUCCCACUGGAAGUGUCAUAUUGCCAAAUAGUCUUCAUAUGCAACAGUAUUUAAACUUUAUAUCAACUGCAAACAAACAUUUAAGGAGAGUUGUUUUUACAAUAAACAACAGAAAUGACAAAAACUUAGCUUUUCUUGAUUGAAAAUAUAUAUAUACCUCUA